AUGAUAAACACCCUAAUUACCCACUUAAUUAACCCGCUAACCUAUAUUGUGUCAGUGCUCCUUGCGGUGGCCUUCCUAACACUUAUUGAACGAAAGGUACUCGGAUACAUACAACUACGAAAAGGGCCAAACGUAGUAGGCCCAUACGGGCUACUACAACCCAUUGCCGACGGACUAAAACUAUUUAUUAAAGAGCCCGUACGUCCAUCUACAUCGUCCCCACUCCUAUUUCUAACCACCCCAGUACUUGCACUAACCCUGGCCAUAACCCUGUGGGCACCAAUACCCAUGCCCCACCCAGUAGCUGACCUAAACCUGGGAAUCCUAUUUAUCCUAGCCCUGUCAAGCCUUACAGUCUAUUCAAUUUUGGGCUCAGGCUGAGCAUCAAAUUCAAAAUACGCAUUAAUUGGGGCCUUACGGGCCGUAGCUCAGACGAUCUCAUAUGAAGUCAGCCUGGGCCUAAUUCUCCUAUCAGUAAUUAUUUUUUCGGGGGGGUAUACCCUACAAACGUUUAAUAUUGCCCAAGAAAGCAUCUGACUACUUGCCCCCGCCUGGCCUCUAGCUGCAAUAUGAUACAUCUCAACAUUAGCCGAAACAAACCGAGCACCAUUUGAUCUAACAGAGGGGGAGUCAGAACUAGUCUCCGGUUUCAAUGUGGAGUAUGCAGGGGGCCCUUUCGCACUAUUCUUUCUCGCCGAAUACGCCAACAUCCUUCUAAUAAACACCCUAUCAGCCGUCCUAUUUCUAGGAGCCUCACACAUCCCGAGCAUUCCAGAACUAACUACUAUUAACCUUAUAACCAAGGCUGCAUUGCUAUCCAUUAUAUUCCUAUGAGUGCGAGCCUCAUACCCACGAUUCCGAUAUGAUCAGUUAAUACACCUAGUGUGAAAAAACUUCCUUCCCCUUACACUCGCCUUCGUAUUAUGACACACCUCCCUGCCAAUUGCACUAGCAGGUCUUCCCCCACAGCUAUAA